AUGUCUACUUUUACCUUUUCUGCAGUUAGUGAUGAUAUGCCAGGGACAGCACUAUUCCCAGUGGUAGAUAUUAUAGGCGGAGUUCCCCUACCAAACUGUCCAUACGCCAACUCGGCACUACCCCCUGAUUCACAGAGCCCUGUGUUUAAUUCAUCCAUAGGAGCAACUCAUCUGCAAGAACAGGCAUUUUCAUAUCAUAAUCCAGCCACUACAUCUACAUUCAUGGUCAUUUCAGUUGCAUCUUGCAUUUUUGGUAUUUUAACUCUGGCAAACUAUAAUCAGGUCCGGAUUUUCAAUCGCUGCAUAUCCCAUCCAUCUGUACUCAAUCGAGAGUUUGCUGCUGUUUUUUUUACUGUUAGUUUUAGCUAUGGAAUAGACACUGUCAGAUAUAUGCUGAAUACCUCACAUGCUUCUAGACACAUCGUGCACUCCUCUAAUCUACCGAAUUUUCCAUCAAGUCCACCAGUAUCUUCUAUUGUCGGACCUCAUAUUAUAGAUGCGUGGCUGCUUAUUGUUUCGUCUUUUCUUCGAAUGUUGGCUGUUAGUUUAGCGUCGUUUGCUCUUCUCAAACAAUUCAGGAACCAAUCAAUCUUUUCCAAUCUUUCAUCGCAAAACUCAAAUCAAAACGCAUCAUCCAUUUUCGAGUCUCUUGGGGAUACCUCACAUCGACUACGAAACUCUUUGCACUCGGAGAGUCCCUCAAAUGAUGAUGAAACAGCCGAGCCUCUUUUACCUUCCCCAGAUCUAGUGGAUAAUUGUGGUACUACAGUUGCUUAUCGUGGAUGGAGUGACAGGGAGCAUUCUAAUGGAACAUUUGGAGUGUAUCAUACAGAUGCAUCUGGGCCAUUGCACUCUUCUACUGAGCCAUCAUCUGCCAGAUCACAUGCUUCAGUAUUAUCAAGUUUGCAUCAUGUACCCAUUACAUCCCAAGGGAAUGUACAUAAUGCUUCUCUAUCAAGCGAUGCUGAUGUAUCUAAUCGAGAUAUUUUUUGUUCUCGAGAGGGAAGCAUAAGUCUGAAUGUGGAUGCACAUCCUUUCCAUGAAUCCAAUGGAGUUGAAAGGGAUAUGGGAAUGUAUCAAACCGACUUCCAAAUGUCACCGUGUUCAUUUACAUGGAUCCAAGGGGUUUUUUCAAAGUUUAAACUAUUAUCAUACUAUCUAAUUGAGACGUUUGUAUUUCGAUGGUCGUUUUUAUGUUUUGUUUUACUACUUUUUCGAAUUAUUGGCCAGUUGAUAGUGAUUGAUUCUGGCGCGUUUGUAGAUAGUUUAGAACCUUCUACCUCUGUUUAUCAACCAUUGGCGUCUAGGGCUAUACUUGCUACAGAAGUUUCUCCAGAUUUUGAUCAAUUUCGAUACUUGACAUUUAUGAUUUUAUCAAUACUGCAAAUAGCACCGCUCAUUAUAAUUGCUUUUGCAAUUGGUUUAAAUCGAUCCCAUUCACAAGUAAUUUCACAGACAUCAAUCAGUCGGGUAACUAGGCGCAGGAGGCGAUUUCAUGGCCCAAGUUCUUUGACCAAGAUUUUGUUUAUUGUGGGGGCAAUCCUUUCAUGCGCACUGUGGAUAGAACCAAGUAUUACAAGCAGGCUUGUUCAACUACAAAUUCGCGCUUCAUUGAAUAGUAACGAAUCGUUUGAAGACAGAAUGUGUGUUGUUCCGCCCUGGUGGUGGCUUGAAGCCUCCUCUGUACCACUUCAGGAAAAACAUGUUACACUUUUAUCACAAAAACAGAGUGUGCAAAGUUUAAUUACAAAAAAAUCGAUUUUCAGACCAAAGGAAAGUGGCUUGGGUCGUACUACUCUUCAGGUUCAUGGUUGGGCAUCUUGGAUUGAUUUGAUCCAAUGGACCGGAUUUAUUGGAUUAUGGGCCAUGUUUUCUGCAAUGCGGUUGGAAUACAAACGAAAUAUGGAGAAAUGGGUUUGGAUAACUGUAAGCGAAGUUCAAAAUACUUUUGAUUUUCGUCAAUAG